AUGGCUAAGAAAUAUGAAGGACGUGCAGUAGGAAUAGACCUAGGAACAACGUAUUCUUGUGUUGCUGUGUGGCUUGAUGAUCACAAUAGAGUUGAGAUUAUUCAUAAUGACCAAGGCAAUAGAACCACUCCUUCUGUUGUUGCUUUCAAUGAUGAUCAAAGAUUGAUCGGUGAUGCUGCUAAGAAUCAGGUUGCAUCUAACCCACAAAACACCUUGUUUGAUGCUAAGAGGUUAAUUGGUAGAAAGUUUAGUGAUGCAAUUGUUCAGAAGGAUGUAAUGCUGUGGCCAUUCAAGGUCAUUGCGGGUGUCGAAGACAAACCAAUGAUUACCCUUAAGUAUAAGGGUGAAGAGAAGGAAUUUUGUGCGGAGGAAAUAUCAUCCAUGAUUCUCUCAAAGAUGCGAGAAAUUGCAGAGGCAUAUCUGGAGUCGUCUGUCAAGAAUGCUGUGGUUACUGUGCCGGCUUACUUCAAUGAUUCUCAGCGAAAAGCCACCAUAGAUGCUGGCGCCAUUGCUGGCCUUAAUGUAAUUCGGAUAAUCAAUGAACCUACUGCUGCUGCGAUUGCAUAUGGUCUUGAUAAGAGAAGAAACUGUGAUGGUAAAAGGAAUAUUUUUGUGUUUGACCUUGGUGGUGGGACUUUUGAUGUGUCUAUCCUCACAAUUAAAGGUGAUGUCUUUGAAGUAAAAGCUACGGCUGGAAACACUCAUCUCGGAGGAGAGGACUUUGAUAACAGAAUGGUGGAUUACUUUGUAAAGGAGUUCAAAAAGAAGAAAAGAGUGAACAUUAGUGGGAAUCCAAAAGCUUUAAGGAGGUUGAGAACUGCCUGCGAGAGAGCAAAGAGGACACUCUCUUAUGCUUUUGUCACUACUAUUGAGGUAGAUUCUUUGUUUCGAGGAAUUGAUUUUUCUUCAUCAAUAACCCGUGCCAAGUUUGAGGAAAUUAAUAUGGAUCUGUUUGAUGAAUGCAUGACAAUUGUGGAUAGUUGUCUUAGUGAUUCAAAGAUCCACAAAAGUGAUAUAGAUGAUGUCGUUCUUGUGGGUGGUUCCUCUAGGAUUCCCAAAGUGAAGGAUCUAUUGCAGAUUUUUUUUGAAGGAAAGGAUCUCUGCAAGAGUAUAAAUCCGGAUGAGGCUGUUGCUUAUGGUGCAGCUGUUCAGGCUGCUAUUUUGAGUGAAGGCGUUAAGAAUGUCCCAAACUUGGUGCUGCGAGAUGUUACUCCACUUUCACUAGGUAUCGCAGAUGAGUAUGAUAUAAUGAGUGUGGUUAUUCCUAAGAAUACUUCUGUGCCUAUCAAGCAGACAAAAAGAUUUUCGACCGCUAAAGAUAACCAUUGCGAAGUCUCUAUAAAAAUUUAUGAAGGUGAGAGAGCAAGAGCCAUUGACAACAAUCUGCUUGGUUUCUUCAACCUUUCUUGCCGUCCAGGCUCUCUUCGGGGAGAGCCCUUAGAUGUAUGUUUUGUCAUCGAUGAAAAUGGUAUUCUAACUGUUUCCGCAAAGGAAAUAUCUACAGGCAAUACAAACGAGAUCACCAUAACUAAUGACAAAGAAAGGUUAUCAUCAUUCGACAUUAAAAAACUGAUUGAAGAAGCAGAAACAUAUCAAGCGGAAGAUAAGAAAUUCUUAAGAAAGGCCCAGGUAACGAGUGCAUUGGAUUCUUGUGUUUACAAUAUGAAGAAAUCAUUGAAGAAGGAUAAUGUUCAUUUAAUGCUCACUUCUCAAGAAAGGGAGAAGAUUAACAAUGCUAUUACUGUUGCCGAGAAUUUGCUUGAUAAGAAUAACCAACAGAAUGAAAUUGAUGUUCUUGAGGGUCAUCUGAAGGAGUUGGAUAGCAUGUUGGAAAACCUUAAUGCCAAGAUUGCUAAUUUUAUAUUUCUUUAA